GCCGGCCGAACUCGUCCGUGCUACUUUUGUUCUACUAUCAACAACCCCAUCACGAGCUACUACUUUUUUUGCGCGGGACAUUAUAAAUAUCCCCCAUUCGACGUCACUCCUUCUCUCUCUCUGUCUCCUUCUGUUCUGUUUGGUAGUAGAUUAUACAGAAAUCGCCCAACCUGUUCGCCUCAAGUUUCAGACGAACGCUGCGUUCGAGUGCUGGGCUGUCGAUUGCCGCUGCCGCUACUGCUUUUACCAAGAACCCCUCGAAGACACCAGUUGUUGAGACAGGCGCCAGAAAGAUGCACAGCAAGGUUGUCGUCAUUGGCUCUGGCCCCGCGGCCCAUACCGCUGCCAUCUACCUCGCCAGAGCAGAGUUGAAGCCCGUCCUCUACGAAGGCUUCAUGGCCAACGGCACCGCCGCCGGCGGCCAGCUCACCACCACGACCGAAGUCGAAAACUUCCCCGGCUUCCCCAAGGGCAUCAUGGGCCAGGAGCUCAUGGACAACAUGCGCGCCCAGUCGGAGCGCUUCGGCACCGAAAUCGUCACCGACACCGUCACCAAGCUGGACCUCUCCAAGCGCCCCUUCACCUUCAGCACCGAGUUCAACCCGGACGAGACCCAUACGGCCGACUCCGUCAUCAUCGCCACGGGCGCCUCGGCCAGGCGCCUGAACCUCCCCGGCGAGGACAAGUACUGGCAGAACGGCAUCUCCGCCUGCGCCGUGUGCGACGGCGCCGUGCCCAUCUUCCGCAACAAGCCGCUCUUCGUCAUUGGCGGCGGUGACUCUGCCGCCGAGGAGGCCACGUUCCUGACAAAGUACGGCUCCCACGUCACCGUGCUGGUGCGCCGCGACCAGCUGCGCGCCAGCAAGGCCAUGGCCACGCGCCUGCUCAAGCACCCCAAGGUCACCGUGCGCUUCAACUCCGUCGCCACAGAGGUCAAGGGCGACGACAAGGGCCUGAUGAGCCACCUCGUCGUCAAGAACGUCGUCACCGGCGAGGAGGAGACCGUCGAGGCCAACGGCCUCUUCUACGCCGUCGGCCACGACCCCGCCACCAACCUGGUCAAGGGCCAGGUCGACGUCGAUGCCGAGGGCUACAUCCUCACCAAGCCCGGCACCACCGAGACGAGCAUCCCCGGCGUGUUUGCCGCUGGUGACGUCCAGGACAAGAGAUACCGCCAGGCUAUCACCAGUGCCGGUACUGGAUGCAUGGCUGCUUUGGAGGCAGAGAAGUACCUGACUGAGCUGGAGUAAAAGCAGAUGUGGAUUUAGCAUAUAGAAUAGAAGGCGUAUAUACCUACAUAUAUCACAUACAAACUUUGAUUUGGAGUACAAGGAAUUAGUCCCCAGAGAUCACAGUGUAGAAUAGAUUUCAAUGACAUUCAUCAAACAUGUUGGAGCUUGCAACAUGCAAAAUAAAAAUAAAAAGGCAAUACAUUUCUGAG